AUGGCAAAUACGCAACUAAUUCACCAAGAAGACUCGAUGUACAAAUCUAUCUAUCUAUCUAUCUAUCUAUCUAUCUAUCUAUCUAUCUAUCUAUUAUUCGACAAAUAUUAUCUAUCUAUCUAUCUAUCUAUCUAUCUAUCUAUCUAUCUAUCUAUCUAUCUAUCUAUCUAUGUAUUUGAUAUAAUCUAUCUAUCUAUCUAUCUAUCUAUCUAUCUAUCUAUCUAUGCAGUUUGUGCGACAUUUUUCUCCUCUCUCUCUAUCACUUUCUAUUCAUUUCACUCCGUCUCCUUCUUACUUUCAUUCUUUCUUUGCAGUUGUGUAUCCGUUUCUUUUCGUGGAUACUUUCCAUCACUCUUCGUUUUGAUCGCAGUUCGUAGGGAAGAGGGAGAGAAUGGGGUCAUGACUUCUAUGCGCCUCAUUUCACCCAUUUAUGAAUACAUUAACAGAGAAUAUCUAUCUAUCUAUCUAUCUAUCUAUCUAUCUAUCCCUAUUCAUCUCUCUCUAGCUGUUUUCGUUUCUUUUCUAUCUAUCUAUCUAUCUAUCUAUCUAUCUAUCUAUCUAUCUAUCUGA